AGAGAAAACCCCAAAAGCGAUAACCCCUAAUGCCGACACUAACGCCAAAUUUGAUUUUGCGUAAUGGUUAUAAUUAAGAAUUUCAAUACUACAGAUAACCAUUAGCCAAAUAAAAUGGUCUUAGGAAUAAUAAUUCACAUUUUGACUGUUGUAAAUGCUUUUGUUGGAACCGCAUUUCAAACUUUUUUUUUAAUAUUCAGUGGAUUAAUUUUAAAGGUUGAUAGGAAUUCUAAGCGCCAUGGUGGUGAGCUAGUUGCUCAGGUCUUGCAGAGUCAUGGUGUUAAAUAUAUUUUUACACUCUGUGGCGGUCAUAUUUCACCAAUUCUUGUAGGAUGUGAAGAUAUAGGGAUAAAAGUUAUAGAUACACGUCAUGAGGUUAAUGCAGUGUUUGCAGCAGAUGCAGUUGCUCGUUUAUCAGGAACAGUUGGUGUAGCUGCUGUUACUGCUGGGCCAGGCGUCACAAAUACAAUUACAGCAAUUAAAAAUGCACAAAUGGCUGAAUCUCCAAUACUCUUGCUUGGUGGAGCGGCUGCUACUCUUUUAAAAGGAAGAGGUUCUUUGCAAGAUAUUGAUCAGUUGACUUUAUUAAAAUCUUUAUGCAAGUAUACUGCUACUGUUAAAAGGGUUUGUGAUAUUAUACCUACUUUAAAAAAAGCUCUUCAAGAGGCACAAUCAGGAACACCUGGGCCAGUGUUUGUAGAACUUCCCAUUGACGUUUUGUAUCCAUAUGAUUUGAUUCAGAAAGAGUCAGGUAUCAAGAAAAAUCCACAAGGAUUUAUAGCAAAAGCGGUCAACUGGUACAUUCAAAGAAGAGUAGAUGCAAUAUUUGCUGGAGCAUGGGAUGUAGUAUCUACUAAGCCUCUUAAAAUCAAUAUUCCUCUUCCUAAAGUUGAACAAGUUAACCUUGCACUGCGAAUGUUAGAAAAGUCUAAGAAACCUGUGGCUUUGAUUGGUAGCCAAGCAAUGUUGUCACCUGAUGCAGUCACCAAACUGAAAGUUUCGCUAGAGGAAAUAGGUAUUCCUUGUUUUCUGGGUGGAAUGGCACGUGGUUUGCUUGGAAAAAAUAAUAAACUCCAUAUCCGACAAAGAAGAGCUGAUGCACUUUCUGAAGCCGAUUUUAUCUUGCUAGUAGGUACCGUGUGUGAUUUCAGACUGUCGUACGGCAGAGUGUUAAAUAAAAAAGCAAAUAUUGUUGCUGUUAAUCGCAAUGAUGAGCAAUUGUUUAAGAACUCUAAAAUAUUUUGGAACCCAGCUCUUGCUGUGCAAGCAGAUCCUGCAACAUUUGUUACUAGUUUAUGCGCAAUGAAACAAAAAAACUUAGAGUGGAAUGAUUGGUGCACAUUGUUAAAAGAUCGCGAUGAAGAAAAAGAAAGAUCUAACAAGGAAAAAGGACAUUCCUUAAAACUAACAGAUAGUAGUCUGAUCAAUCCUUUGAAUUUAUUACACGAAUUGGAAGAUGUCUUGGAUGAUAACAGUAUUAUUGUUGCAGACGGUGGAGAUUUUGUAGGAACGGCGGCAUACAUAUUAAGACCACGUGCCCCUCUAUCUUGGUUGGAUCCUGGCGCAUUUGGAACUCUUGGUGUGGGAGCAGGUUUUGCACUAGGAGCUAAAUUAGUUCGUCCUAACGCCGAAGUAUGGAUUUUGUGGGGUGAUGGUUCAUGCGCUUAUAGUUUAGCCGAGUUUGAUACCUUCACUAGAUUUAAGAUACCAAUAAUUGGGUUGAUUGGGAAUGAUGCAUGCUGGUCUCAAAUUGCGAGAGAGCAAGUACCAAUGUUUAACAGUGCAAUUGGUUGUCAACUUGCGUAUUCUGCUUACGAUCAAGUUGCAGAAGGUUACGGGGGUGUUGGUUUAAAAAUCAAUGAUGCUGAUUUAAAAAAGGUUCGUUUAACACUUCUAGAUGCUAAAAGAAUUGCAUCACUCGGCAAACCUGUUGUUAUAAAUGCUUUAAUAGGGAAAAGUGACUUUAGAGCUGGAUCUAUUUCUGUUUAAUAAAAUGUUCGUUUUUUUAUAAUUGUAAUGAAGUUUUGACGAAUUCUUUUUUUAA